GUGUGUGUGUGUACACACACUCUACUCUCGCGAUGCGCAGCGUGAACAAGCAUACCACUCCAUCGAGGAAGCGGCUUUUAUUAAUCGAGCACAAUAAUGGCUACAGCUACCCGACGACCCCGUUGUUUUCUGCUUGAUCCAGUCGAUAUUGGAGUGUCACCGAUGUAUCCUUUGUCAUCCUGAAGACGCCAUUACCUCCGGUCCUGUCCUGGUUGAUCUUGGUCAUUGUCUCACUGAAAUCAUGUCUGGCUCAGGGGACUUACCAGCCUUAGAAGGCUCAGGGAUGGGCGGGAUGAAGCUUCCCGUUGGAAUGACCCGGCGAGCCCUCAGCUACGAUGAUAACCUGGAGGCCCCCAUGUCCACGCCCCCCCAUGACAUCAGCAUGAACAAACUGUGGAGACGGCCCGUCAUACCGGAAAGGAAGUUUAACCACCUAGCUGAGGAGGAUGAGAGUGGUGCAGCGAGUCGUUCUACAGUGAUGGACAGCGCCCCCUCCAGGUCAUCAGUUGUAGUGAAAACCAAGGCCUCCUCCAUCAUCAUGAAUUCUCUCAUCACCAGUAUGUUACAUCUGGGCUGGUUCGGCAGUACGAGUUCAGAUGUCAGCUCCUCCAGCAGCAGUGUGGAGCUGGCAGGAGGAGACAUGGCGGUUGAGCGGUGGAACGUGUUCGGCCCUCGGCCGCUCGUCCAGAAAUCGACUUCUGACAUAGGAUCAGACUCCGCCACAGCAGGAGGCUUUGCGCUGCAGGCAUAUCGCGGUGCCCAGAAGCCAACCGCCAUGGAGGUAAUGAAGUCACAGGCCACGCGUCUGGCUGACCACUCCGCCGCUCAGACAGUGGCUCCUCCCAAAAUGGAGAUUCCCACAGUGGAUGGUCGACGGGAGGCAGCGCGACCACACAAGCUCAAACCUAGAGACAUGAACGUCCUGACCCCCUCCGGCUUCUGAGAGGACGCACCACAUCUGUCAGAGCUGCUCAUCACUCAGACGCCAAAGGUCCCAUGAAAUGAAAACUCUGUGUUGUUAUGGGUUUGGGAUGACAUUUUCAUCCAAUUAUGUCAUAGAUUUUUUUUGGGGUCAGCGAAUCGGUUUUAAUACAACUUUUGUAUAUAAUUCCUGUUUGUACAUUUUCAGCAAUAUGACCCUUCUAUUCAACGUUGUGAAACGACCACCGCUAGGUGACCGUUACAUUUUUUUGGCUCCAAAAUGUAAAAUUGGUUAAGUUUUGAAAAAAGAACAUGUUUUGUGUUCAAAUAAGUUACCUUUCGUUCGUAACUACUUAACGUAGUGACAUUGAACUUGACGUAGUUACGAACGGAUGUUAAUUUCUGUAACUUAAAACAACAAGGUUGACUUUUGGUUUCGCAGCGGAUACGAGCACCGCUCUCUCGGGUGAAUGUCCAGUGUUUAGUCGACCCAUCUGUCCACCCCAACGUCCUUCUUAGUCUUUUAUACCACAUCACCUGGCUGCUCCUGUCAUGAAAACAGCCAUUGUACGUCACUGCCUAACAACAACGCCAAUAUGCGUGGUAAUGAUUACGUGGAUCAAUAUUAACACAAUGAGUAAGUUAAUAUACGAAUUACCGUGAAUUACUUUUUUCUUUUUAUAAAGAUAAUCUUUUGGGCAUUUUAGGCAUUUAUUGACAGGACAGCUGAAGACAUGAAAGGGGAGAGAGAGGGGGGGAAUGACAUGCAGCAAAGGCUGGUGGCAGUUGAAAGGUUGGAGUCAAACUGGACCCGCUGAGUCGAGAACCAAACCUCUAUAUAUGUGUGACCACUAUACCAACUGAGCUAUCUGGGCACCCCGAGCAUCCCUGUUUGUAGGUAUAUGUAUGAUCAGUGAAUAAGGACAGCUGUCCUGUUUUGUAAAAAUACUCAAAAAGGCAAUCCCUGUCAUCUGGGCUAGUGGCAACAUUACUAAAAAGAAGUCAGACAGGGCAGGUUGUAAACAAACCCCCUGGUUAGACAAACAUGACGACACGUCCUUAAUGCAUGCAAAAACUCAAAGCCGUUUCAUGGGACCUUUUUAACACCAGCUCUGACAUUCAGAUCAAAGCUGUUCUUCUGACCAUCUUUGGCACUGCUUUGAGGUGUUGACUGUGACGCUUGCCUGUAAAUUCAUACACUCUCAUAAUUGUUACAUCUAGUUGCAGCAUGCUGGCAUCAACACGGGCUCAAACCAAUAAAUUCAACUUGAACUUCCGAGUCCAGGUUACCUGGAGAGCGGAACUGACUGAUCUUCCGGACUUUGUCCAGCUAAAGAUGAAGAUGAUGGUUUAAAAUGAUCCUCCUGUAAAUGCACUUUAUUCCCACUCUUCCCACCGUAGAGUCCACAUGCUCAAAUAUCCAAGCUGACGCAAAACCUCUCGGGUCAGAUACCUCCUCCUCUUCUUUAGUGUUGAUAGUCUUUACAUCCUGUUUGUUUUUAAAAUGUAUUAAUUAUCUUCCUAAAGGGGAAUUUUCAUUAAGAAAGGUGGGAAGAAUAAGUCGAACCACUUCCAUCACUGCAGUAGAAUACACAUCAAACCAGCAGUACAAAACAAUCUGAAAACAAUUGAACACUGAAACGUUUCUCUCAUUUGUUUUGCAUUCCACUUUCUAUAGAUGUUUUAGUUUAUAGAUUAAGAUUGUUAAUAUAUGCUACUCUAGCAGCAGAUUUUCGUUCAUUACGGAUUAGAAGAAAAAAGAUGUGUGUGUAAAAAUCAGAGCUACAUGUGGCCAGGGCUCUCACGCUGACAUGCCGCAGUGUUUUCAGGUUGCUGGACUCAAUCAAAAUGGAACACUUAAAAGAACCAAAAAGAAGAGAGUUUCAAGGCCUCUUUUAGUUUUGUGGAAGCUCCGUUAACAUGUCUGCCUCUGUUUUCUACCAAUGUUCAAAUAUAAAAAGAGUUUCUGUUUCUGAUGCGUUUUGGUGCUUAAAAUAACGCUAUGAAACUUUUCUCACUUUAGUCCUUCUACAGGUUGUGUCACUGGAACUACAGCUCGCCUGGCCGUAGUUCCAGUGAGAACCUGUAGGGCAGGGCUGCCCAAUUUGAGGCCCGCGGGCUAAAUUUGUGCUCUUUGUUUUGGCCUGCCAUGGAUUAGACAUACUCAUGCUCAUUUUCCUCUUAUUUUAGAAGGAAUGACUACAAAAAUUACAUUUUGUGCAGUUAAAAAGUACGUAAUGAGUUUAACAGGAAUUGAAAGCACAGUGCUGUUAAACUUGCCAUUAAUAUUACAUAUGUACGUUUUGUCUGCCGAGAAUGGCAAGAAUCACGGUAUUCUUCAACAUCAACAUUUACUUUUGGCCAAUUGCCUUCCAUCCAGAUACAUUUUGGCCUCUUAUAUGAAAGAAUUUGGGCACCUCUUCUGUAGGGGACCAAAGAGGGAAAGUUUACAUAGUGUUGCUUUAACAGCUGCAGUAUGCACUUUGACUGAAAAGAUGGAUGGUGUGCACACCGCUUGCAUCCUGCAGAAACCUUGUGUCACUCAGAAUAAAUGGAAGAGCUUUUCACAAAUACACUUUUGCUUUUGGCGUGUAAACACAAAGGCAGUGCAAGAAGUACAGGGUUUUGUUCUAGAAAAUGCACCAAGGUUUCAGCGGUUUGUCUCACUAGAGAUGUGUCAAACAUUCAAGUUAGUGUUGUAGUCACAACAACCUAAACUAAGACCAAGUCAUGACUUCAAGACUUUAUCAAGACCAAGACUUUAAGGGGUCUAGACCAAGACCAGACCAGUGCAAGUCCCACACUGCAAGACACACUUUAAAAUAAAAAGUGAAACAUGCAAACCAUAGGCACUCCUCCAAGUGAUCUGAAAGAUCCACAUUGUUUUUUUCCAUUAAAAAAUGGAAUGUAAUGAUAUUACUGCAGUUGUAAUCUUGACUGGUCUUAAAAUUAAAUCCGGAAAAGAGCAUUCUAUUCCGAGACAACAGCUUCAAAAAGUGGUCCUCAGACCGGUCUUGAGUACUACAACACUACAGUACUAGCUAAUAAAUGGGUCUUUAUACAAGGUUUCUGCAAGAUGUGUGGGUGUGGAGCUUUGUAGAGCUUGUGGGUGUGGAGCUUUGUAGAGCUUAAUAAGCGCUGCGAUUCAGCUGUCAUAUGAAGUGAAGCACCUGGCUGAUUUUUGUUAUCAUUUCACUUUUAUUAUUUAGUGGAAGCAGACUGUUCGCUGGUAACAUCUCCUAUGUGUUAUGUGACCUACAGCGUUAGAAGUGAAAAAUGUCCUGUCCCAGUCAAUCGCCACCUGUAACUCUGCUGUGUCAGUCAGAUGUUGUGUUGGAUACAGAAAACAACAUUCUGCUAUCAGCAGCUGUAAAUACUAAAUGAAUAUGACUGUUUAUGCUCAGUUAGUGUUUUUGUUUGAUAGUUUGUGUCCCCAAUUGCUUUGUGUUUAAAGUGUGACGCGGUUCCCUUUAAAUCUCCACCUGACUGAAAUAUCAAAUCCAAAUGUGCCGUGUGGUGGUGUGACUCUGUAGUACAAAUUGACUGAAUUCCAGUUUCUGGUCACCUGUUAAACAUUUUUUUCAGUUGAUGAUAAAGACACAUUUUCCUUGA